AUGGCUGACGAUGGAUACGAAUUGAUGGGUCCGGCUCAAGGACCAUUCGCUCCGGCUCCAAUCGGACCACCGUUGGCAGUUGGACAAAAACCUACUGUAGCUCCGCCCACUGCUAAACCACUUCCAGCGAUUGUGAACCAAAAAAAGGCGGUGCCAAAGAGAGCGGACACCGAAACUGAUUCGAGUGUUGAGCCGACUGCAAAAAGUGUUGCGGAGGGAAGAAAAGGAAAGAGUAGUGUGAGAUCAGUGAUGACCGAGCCUGCAGAGAAGAGUCGCAUGGAAAGUUGCUAUCUCGACGGAAACGCAAUCAGUCAACGUCCGAAUACCCUGGACAUUUGUCAAUUGUCCGGUGCCAUUUUUCUGACCCUCAUCGUUGUGAGCAUUUCGAUUCCGGUCAUUUUGACGGCCGUUGGACAAGCGGAUAUUGAGUGGAUCAAGACUAAAUUAGCGAAACUUUAA